AGGAUGGACUAUGCUGAACUGAGCUCUCUGCUGCAUCUCAGGACUGACCUCUAAAAGUCUGACCUUCACAGGUGCUGUAUCAUGCCCAGGUAGGGCACGACCAGUGUCAGAAUCAUCCCAAGACAAUCGCUCCAGGGGGUUGAGUCAUCUACCUGAGGUGGCUCCUUGGCUUUCUCCAGCAGCGGGGCAAAGGAGAAGAGCUGGCAUUGCCCUGAACGUCUGACAUCGGUUCACUGCCCACAGCAUUUGUAGGAAUGGAUUCCAAAGGCAACGUCCGAAGCGGAAACAAACCCGAUGCCAAGGCCCCCAGCUCCGGAAAGGCAGAAAAACCCAACCCUGGGCCUGCCACAAAUGCAGACAAGAAGGAAACCCCUUCCAAAGAGCAGCCUGCCCCUGCCGCUGCCACCUCUACCACCAAGAAGGCAGGUGGCGAUGCUGCUGUCGUGAACAACCACAGCAACCCGAAACCCGGUCCUGCUGCCACGGAGACACAAGAGGCCACCGGCCAGUCCCCUGACUCUGACCACAAGGGAAACAGCACUGAGGAGUCGCCAGGCAGCAUCUUUGACAACAUGAAGCCCUUGAUCAUCGUUGGAGGAGUGGCGGUGGCUGCCCUUGCUGUGAUUGUGGGAGUGGCAUUCCUAGCCCGGAAAAAAUGAAGAUGGAGACGGGGUGGGGCUGAGAAACCCAACCCAGCUGUACAGUUCCUUUUGAGACAAAUGCAUGCAGAAAAUUCUAUACAUAUCUAUAUAUAUAGAGCGAGCUAGAUAGGUCAACAACAAACACCAACUGCAAAUCCAAGAGUCUUGUUCAGGACAACUGUGCCAGUUUGACCCAAUGUGGGUAACUCCAUGCACUCGGUGUGUUCUUUCAUGUAAUAUAUCUUGGCUUAUACCACUGUGUAUAGAAUACAGCUUCUCCUGAUCAGUGUAAAUGACGGUGUCCCCUCCCCUCCCCUGCUGUCCUCCCUGGGAGACACCCCCAUCUUUCUUGCAGUCCCCUGUUUUCAACUCCAAAGUGUUCUUUGUCCCAUCCAGAGUCCCCGCUUUGUGUUUUGGUUUCUGUUUGGUUUGUUUUUAAGUUGGGUUGCGGUAAAGAAGAUGGAAGUGGAGACAGAGCCUAGUGCUAAGAUCCAGUUCUCCUGACACUGUGCUGGGCUGAUGUUCAUCCAGCACCCACCCAGGGCAGGGGAAGCACUGGGCAAUCACAGGAGAAGGCAGCUCUUUGACCCAAAUAGCAAAGUGUGAUCUCUAAUAGAUGUCUUGUGUACCUGCUGCUCAUCAACCCUACUUUAAAAAAAACAACUCUAAAGCACCCCAGAGAGAACACAAGCUGGCUGUAGCUGGAGGCUGAGACUGCAGCAUGGUAGAACCGAGUAUGCACCUCAGGACAUCAUGUGAAGUCUUUUUUCUGGCUGAGCUGCCAGCUGGAGAAUGAGCAAAGGGGCCAUACUGUGCCCAACAGUGCAGUUAACAGUGCGUGGAGAUACCUGGCUAACUCCCACAUGGACUUGAGGCAGACAGACAGCAGCUGCCAUCUGCUUAUUUUUUUGCACAUUGGUGGGCAACCUUCAGUAUCCCAUGGCUUGCCAAGGUUGUUACGGGCAGUGUUUGGGGAUGGAGAGACUUUGUUUUGGAUCUAGUAUUUCUUAAAUUUAGGCUGGGCUUUGCAGGAUGCUGUGACCUCAGAGUCCAAGUCAGCUGGACUCUUUCUGUUCAUUGCUGGGGCUUUGGAUCAGGCCUUUCAUCUGGAUGUUUUCCCACUAAAGGCAUUUUCCUCUCUGUACAUGAGGAAAUAGACAAAAGAGACAAAAGACCCUUAGGGGCAGACAGGAUCUAGGACCCCAUGAGAAUAGCUGGGACCCCAUUCACGGGCGCUGGAAAUCCAUCUAUCCUAGAGGCAUUUCUUUCCUCCUUCCUAUGACAGUAGCAGGGAUUUGUGGCUCUUGCAUGCUUUGAAGUUGGAAACAAUUUUCCUGCGCAACGGUUUCAUUGGUGAGUAUCUCAGACCUUGUGAGGAGGAAAAGAAGGAAGGCAGGUGGCAACAGGGAGAGACUGUUUCAUGCUUUGGCUGAUACUCUUCCCACAGCACCAAGAACAGUGGGCAGAUCUCAUUAUUCUGAGGGCUUCUGUUAGGAUAUUUUUGGCUGUUGUGCUGCUGCACUGCUUGUGUUCUGUUUUCAAAUAGAGUCAGAGCUUAGAUGGGGUCCGAACCACAGAGCUUGGAGCUCAGUCCUUGGAGCUCAACAGCAGUCCCAGCUAACAGGCAAGGUGUGAGAGUGAUGCUUAGCAGAGGCUGUGAGAAGAGGGAGUAAGAUCAAUAGAGAUCAGUAAAAGGGCCUAUGUGAUAUGUGUUUAACUGAGCCUGGAUGUAUAAAUUCACUGGGUACCAGGCAAAAGAACGGUGUACAUUCCUCAAGUAUUGUCUCUGCAAUAUCUGGUUCUGGCAAGAUUAGUGGAUAGGAUGGUGGAUGUGUUUGACCCAAUCUGGUAAUACUUCUCUUGGCUCUUGUCUUUCUUAUUUACCUCCAAAUUUGGUUUGCUGCAUACUUAAUGGCCUCCCAAAACACAAGGCCUUUUGACACAGCCUGGCUAUUCCUAUGGUGAGAUCUGUCAUCCACUUCUUUUUCCCAAGGCUCCUAAAAUAUUCCCAAAGGUAUGCAGCCUCUGGGAGUAUCCGAUGCUGCCUUCAGACGAACAACAGAUUGCACACAGCUAAAGUUUUAGGUCUAUGUCUACCUUUACCAGCACAGAUAAAGGAUAUGCGUAUGUUGGGUUCACACUGUUUUUGGACCAAGUGCUUGCAGCCACAGGUGAAAUCCUGGUAGCUUAAAGCACUUUUUGCCUGUUUUCUGAACGUAUCUCCUACUAACAGUACAUCAUUUAGAGCCCGGAAAAUUUCUUAUUAUUGAACUAGGGAACCAUGGCUGGGUGUUUCUAUAAUGCCAUUUUUGUCUAAAGAACUGAUUUUCCCUCAUUGUUUUGCAGAUGCUCAGAGGUUAAUUGGGGGGCAAACAAUAGGAAAGGAGCGUUAAAGGUGCUGGGAGAGCAGAGACGUGAAAGAGAGACCGCAGCUCAGCAGCAGUCCCAGCAUGGCUCCCUGGCUGCGACUGCAAGAGGACACAGUGAGGCUGCUGCACUCCCCUGCCUGCACCCAGACUGAGGGGUCUGGGGGUGCUGCAGACCCCCCAAACCCUGACAGUGCCUUGGCCACAUCCUCCUGCCAUAUCAGGGGUGUGAUAUGGCCGUUCCUGGGCUCUCCUUCCCUUAGACCUCUGAAGCACAAAGCUCUUGACUUUAGGGAAGUUUUGGUUAUGUUGCUCAUGAGGAAGGAAAUUCAGCUACCCCUCUUCUGAUUCAUGUUUUGUCAAUGUAGGGUUGGUGGUUUUCAGAUGGUGACUUCUGUUUUCAAGAGGGAGACCUGUCUCCAUGAGAUGCUUCUAGCUGCCCUGCCUGCUCUCUCCCUCUCAGCCCCUGGUGCAUGAGCUUUCUAGCAGUGCGUGAUAACAUAACAGCUGUAGCAUCUAGCUACUCUGCACUAAGCAGCAUAGACAAAUACAGGGGGAGGAAAGAGAAACACUGCUUCAUAUGAGUCUGUCUUUUUUUUUUCCUUUUCUUUUUGAAGUGUUUUUAUAUCUUCGUUUUAACCUUUGGUAACAGAAGAAGGAAAAACAGUUCUCAGCCAACACAGACAAAGACCUUAACUACUUCUGUUCAUAUCUGAACCCCUUCUUAGAGCACUCAGAUGCAAGGCCAGUAAUUUCAUCUGGAAACACACCACAGGAAUGGUGAUGCGACUGCAGCUCAUCAUCUGGGCACAUAACCAGAUGCUAAAUCUCCUUAGGCAGUGAACAUGGUAUGUCCUGCCCAUAAGGGAUCUUCAAUUUACUGUGAUUACUUAACAUUUUUGUCUGCUGUUCAGAGUCAUUAUCUGGAACCGAGCUUUUUGGUGGUUUGGAAACACCUGUGUUUAUGUGUGCAUGUGUGCAUGUGUGUACGUGUAUAUACACAACCCUACCUUCAAGAAUAUUCUGUAUAUGUAUGUAUGUAUGUAUGCAUACAUAUAUAUAUUUAUACUACUGCAGUUUGGGUUAAGCCACAUUCUUUGUCAGAAAAAGCAAAACAGACCUGGAAACGACCCUUCAUUUGUCCCCCUGCAUUCACACAAAGUGUCCGUGAUGUCUUUUUUGUGCCACUCACCUCCUGCCAUGCAGCACCUGAGUUCUUUUUUUGAUCCUGGUUUCUUAUCACUGCAAAGAAUGUACGGCUAGUGACCUGUUGAAUGUACAGUGUCCCCAUUGUGCUAGAAGCUCAAAAUUACUGUUCCCCUCCCUCGAUAGUCAUGUGGGCUACUUGCUUUAAAAUAAGGCACUUCUUUUAGACUAUACUGAACUAUACUGGACUGUGUUGUAGCGCUUUUCAAAGUGUGGGCCUAGCAUUGAUUUAAGUCAGGUAGAUCAAGCGUAGAUGCCGUACAAGCUCCUAAGCAUGCAGCUGGGACAAUGCACUUCAGUCCUGACCUGCAAAUGACACCCGUUUUUCGCAGACACCUCCUGUUCUGCCUUGAUGUGCCAGGCUGUGUGGUGGUAUCAUUUUGAGAACAAAUGUCCAGCGAGAAGUAGGCUGAGAAGAGCAAAUUCAUCUCUCUCAGAAUCAAAGUGAGAUUGAAGGCUUAAAUGAUUGAACUCGCUGUGCUAAAUAAAUAGUUGUCUUUUCUCGUACUGAGCACAUGCUGUUAUUUGCUUGAUGUUAUUCUUUGUGUGGUGUUUGUGAUAUGAAGUCCUUUCAGUGAUAUCUCCAUUGGGAGAAUGAAUUAAUGCUUAAAACUGAUAAGAUUCUGCGCUUGGGAUUUGAAGAGAUCUAGAUUGCUAGUUUACUCUUUUGAUAAAGUCUAUAAAUUAGAAAUUUGAAAAAUUGAUUUCACAGACACUGCAGCUUUUCACUAAAACUGUAGGUUCAAUUACUAUGCUUGAUCUCAAUCUAUUUUUAAGGAGCCGUAAGUUUUAGUCUAAUACGAAGAUGUUAUGGUCUCUUGGGCAACUUCGUAGAAGGUUUUCCAAGCUUCUAACUUCAAGAAAGUUGAAACGGAAUACGUUUCCGCUUCCUCUUUCUACUGAUUUAACAGGCUAUGGAUAAGUCCCAUUACUUUUAACAGUUCUGCAGAGGACACAAACAAAUCUGGAAGCCAAAGGAUAAUAUAACAGCAUUUUCAAGACGGUAAGAAUGCAGUCUUGAAGGUGCUGAUCACCUCUCGGGCUCAGACUUAACAAAGCACCGAACAAUUGCUUGCUGUUAAGCACUUCUUAGUGCCAUUAGAUUCAGUGAUAAAUGGAAAAUGUAGUUAUGUCUUUGCUGAAUCAAAGCUUUAGGGAUGGAUCCGUAGGUUACUGGAAACAAGGGGAAUUUUUCCAUUGGUUUCAAUAUAUCAUGAUCAGGCCUUGAGAUCUUAUUGGCUCCGGGGAUAUGAUUGCAGGUCACUGUAAAACAUAAAGCCAUUUCAGUGGCAUGUUUUUUUAAAAGGACAAAAAUAUUUCUCAGUCCUUCUGCUGAGUAUAAAUGAAGUCUUCUCUGGGUAUUAACCAUAUUCAUAACCAUUAAGCCAUGCUCACAGCCAUGCUUAUACCUACAUUAAUAUUUGUGUAUAAACAGCAGUGUAAGUAAAAAACCUACAGCUGGUGAGAGGAAAAGAUUCCUGCUUCUAAAAAUUCCCUUCCUUUUCUGGAAAUGCCACUGCAUUUUAGAAAUCUGAGCUUUUCUAACUGUUCAAACUGGUCAAAGGCAAUCCUGAAGACUUGAGAGAAAAUUUAUCCUCCAAAAAAAAACCGAAAAAGGAAGACAACAAAAAAUGUAUCUAAAAAGUGAAAUGCCAAGAAUUCGAAUCAGCUCUACAGCCAAUUCAGUGCUGCAAUUCAGGGCUUCUGAGAGGAUAUGAAGAACGGUGCAAAGAAAUGCAGAAAAAAUAUAUGACAUCAUUAUCUUGCCAAUUUUGUUAAGGAUGCAUUAACUGUUAUAGCCUAUCCACUUCUAUUUUUUUGUAAGGCAAAAGCAAAAAUGACCAAUUCCUUAUAAGCCAUUAAAAUUAAACUUUGCUAACUGGCUUUUCCAAAUACAUUUUUGUUAGCACUGUUCAAUGUUAACGGUUUUAUGAAAAAACAAAAAAGACUUGAAGUUUUCUGCAACCAUUUUCAUACAUAUGCUGAGGAGAUUAAGAGAAAUGGCAAGCUUACAAUGUGUGCAUUUUUGUUAAGGGCUGCAUUCUCUCUUUUCACAUGUUUUGCUGUGAAAAGGACUUAAUAUCCGGUCUACCCACAUUAUGAUCCUCUAGUCUGUGACUAAAUGCUAGAGCAGGGCUGCUCCCUAAGCUAGUCAGCAUGUUACCGUACAGGCAGUCUCAUACUCUUCAUCAAGGCUCCACAAAGGGGAGAAAUCUUUUAAACCACAAAGACCAGCCUUCUGUGGUUGCAGGCAACUGUAGUACAUAAUCUUGUUCAUAAACUGACCACGAUUCUGCCUUAAAAGUUGGGCAUCUCCCUCUGUGAAUGGAGUUAGCUCUGACAUACAUAAUCAAAAUUCUGUAUCUAAAUUAGCAGUUAAAAGUUCUUAGUUUUGGAGGCCCAGAAUCAGAACAUUUCCUGACAUUAACACCACAGGAAUUUGGUCAUUAUUCUUUCAUGGAGAAAUCCACUGAUGUUGAAGAUCUGACCUGGACUGUCUGCACAUUUUAGGUCUUAUGACUGGCACUCCUUUGACAACAACUCCACUGCGGAAAGCAAUGAAGUCUGUACAGCAGUCUUCUGGGCCAGGGUAUACAGUACCACUCACUCACUUCAGAAAUUACGCUCUGUGGUUUACAAAAAAGCCAGAAGAGGACAAUAUGAGCGUUGUCUGCCUAGUACUGUGGAUUAAAUACUGCUUGCUCUGUUUUCAGUUUGUAAUCUACCCUGAAGCACUUGUCCUGCAAUGGCUCUUUUUGGCCUCUCAUUCUUUUUCAAACCUCUUCUGUCUCUGUAUGGAUUGGAAUUUAGUUCUCUCCCAAAGUUUAUCUAUUUGAAAUACUAUUUGAUGCUAUUAAUGGGAAGUUAUUGUUUAAGCUGCCGCUUAAGGGCAAAGAGGACAGAAUAAGGCAUCUUAGCUCUCAUGGUGAACAUGUGGCAAAAAUGAGAUGGUACUUAAUCUAGGUUCAUCAAACUGAACGUGGCUUUACAGAAGUUUGCUCUCCUUGAGUUAGGUUAUGAUAUCUUGAUUUCACCAGUACAGAUGAUGAUGGCAGGUACAACUGCUGGUACUGCAAUUUAGUUGACAGACAUUGACUUGGAACAUGCACGGUGUGCUGUUCAGUUUGACUUGGCUGAGCCAGUUCCAACAUCAUUUUUCUUAAUCUUUUACUGCAUCUUCCUGUGAUUAGCUCAGAUCACAUUGCCUUGGUUGACUGGCAAAGGGAAGUUUAAUCUAGUGAUUUUAUCCCUUGAGCAAGGGCUUUUAUGAUGAGGACUUUUUCCUUCUCUAUUUUAGAUCACCAGUCCAGCCAUGUGACCGGAUUUCCCUUUCUCUACCCAAAUUCCUAAACUGUCUGCCCAUCCUCAGCUGGUACAAGCUACCUGGCUCCAUUGGUUUCUGCAGAUCUGUUUGAUUGCUUUGCUUGCACUUUACUGUUUCUUCAACUACUGAACUGUAUUCCUUUUCCUUUCCCUAUUUUUUGCCCAGGCAACUUUGCAUAUGUGGCCUCUCCACAACUAGGCAGAAACCCUGCCCCAAUGCAGGGGUAGAUUUUGGGUAGCCCCAUCCAAAAGAUAUAGCAAAUAUUCAGCUGCUAAGCACCUAAGAGAAUGCAGAGACUGUGUAGCACACCAGGGAAUAUGCGUGGUUUUCAUCUGCUCUAAUUGCUAAGGCUCUUGAGUUAGUAUGAGGGUCAGAGACUGCAAGAUGCUGAGUGCUCUCCUCUGCCACAGAAGCUCGGUACCUGAGAGCACUGAACCUGUAGCUGGCAGGUCUCUUUCUUGUCCUUGCUCUUCCAUGUCAGUGAACCACUGCAAGGUCACAAGCUCUGCUCAAGAUCGAAGCCCUGCAGGCUGCCUGCCAGUCAGGUGCGAGGUGUUCUGGCCAGGCUGUUCAAGAGAUGCUGAUACAGUACUUGCAUACACUACACGGGGCUGGAGCUAGUGCCUCUUUGGUCCUCCUGUUAUUGGAGCACCAAACAUACAGGCACAGAAGUGAGGUUCUCAAGCACUUGAGGACUUAUUCUCGGCUUAAGUCAAUGACUGGCAUUUCAGCGGGCCUCAAAGAAUCGCUUAUGUGCAUGGAACAUGCUGCAGCUCUCUUCUGUUCCCCAUUAGAGUAAAGUAAUGCGAGGCUGCUGGGUCUUGAAAAUCUAUGUCUCAUUCAACUAACCUUGCUGAAAAGUAGAUACUCAAAGCACACAGGUGAUAUAACAGAUCACAGUCAUUGGUUUUCCAAAUACAUGAGUUUGGCUCUAUCCUGCACUAUUAUUCUGCUUGCUGUUUACAAUUGUAAAGUGUUUGUUCUGUUCAGAUGCCCUGAUACGCAGCACGCUGGGUGUCAUGCUCUCUGCUGUUUGACGCGAUGCUCUUCUGAUUAAACAGAUCUAGUUUUGAUGAAAAAUAUAAUGCGGAUUAAAUAGGAUUUGGACGAACAGAAAUUUUACAUGUUUCUCUUGCUCCCGUUUCUUCUUCAGUUGCUCCUACCUUGAAAUUUGCAGUCAUUUCCAUUCUCCUUUGGUUUCUCAUAAUGCAAAGCUCCAGGCCAGGAUCCCAAGAACAAAAGUUCUUGGUUGUUUCUGUCUGUGCAUGAUGAUGCUACAGUACCAAAAUUUCCAGCAGGAAGAGAGGAAUGCUUAGUUACCUUUCCAACAGAAAAGACCUGCAUCAUAUCCCUGCUUUUGACAUAGGAGCUUCAAGCAGUCAAGUUUCUGGGGCAAUUUGAUAAGAAGGAGGAUGUCAUACAAUUUUCCCAUAUUAAAAAACAAAACAAUAAACAAAUUAUUUAGCUUUAUUAAUUUUUGGGCAGCCCUUGUUAACCCUGGUGCCUUUUCCUGAGUCACUGGUUAGGAUACUUUCAGUUGGAAUCUUUUAAAGUUGCAAUCUCAACUCUCCAGUAACAAUCAACUCUCUUCUCAUGGUAGGAGCAGGUUGUUUACAAACUUGCAGAGAAAGUAAAAUGUAGAAAGGGAACUCGAAGGUCAGAUUACAGGGGAUUUUUUUCUUUUGUUUUGCUUCGAUUCAAUUACUUUUUCAGGGACUGAUCCAAAGCCCUUUGGAAGUCAAAUGGAAAGGCUCGGAUAUUAUUGGCGGGGAAAUGCCUGACGCCAUGUUUGAAGUCACAGGCAUCUUUCCACUGAUAUCAUCUUUUGAAUCAGACUCUGAAUGUGAUUUCCAAUUAAUAGUAAUUUUCAGAGUGAUACCUUGAUUUCUUCCCUGUACAAACAGACGUGCUUGUCACUUACACAUAUUUACCUGUGUUCAACAUACAGGUUUGUUUUUUUAUUUUCAAAAACAAUAUGCUGCUAGAUACAUUUCCUGGAGGGAAAUGGACACCUACCUACACACAAAGCUAUACAGCUAAUUUAUACCUUGUUGAAUUUAUAAUCUUGUCUAUGCUUCUAUGGACACUUUGUAUGGGCUGCAGCUCAAAUCCUAAAAUAGUCAAGAAUUUUUCCUUUCCCAUAUAGUAUUCUAUUUACUUUAAUAAAAAAAAAAGCGUAUAAAUGCAAUAAUGCAGGUAGACUAGAAAUACUAGAUUGAAAAUUAAAGUAGUUUAGCUUGUCCCAUUGUGACUGACAGUGUUGUAUGACACCCAACGCUGUACCCUAACAUUUUCCAGGCUUUCUACGUAGCUGAAUCUAGUAUGAGCUUUGAAAACCCAUUGUAUGAAUGGUGGGUGGAUGGGUUGGAAACGUGUGCUCUCUACACACUGUAUGUUACUCACAUCAGAAGCUGUAUGGCCACUCCAUAUGCUGUGAAACUGUAAAUGAUUCCCAAUACACCUGUAACUCUUACCAGGAUUGUGAGAAAUAAACUAUAUAUAGAUAUAUAUAUACA